AUGAAACGUUCCAUUUUGUCAUCACUAUAUACAACCUUCUUAUGUAAAUCAUAUGUCCCUGUGCAUAAAAAAUGCCAAAAGAGAUACAUUGUUAUAUUUCCUAUCAAAAGAAAUUCUAAUCAACCGUCCAAUGAAAGACACAGGAAUUAUUCUGACGCCGUUUACUGUGAUCCAGUUGAAUGUAUCGAUUCGAACCGCAAAUGGGAGGAAUUUCCAAAAGGAAUUCUUAACCCGGAAUCACUCCGCAGAGAAAGUCAACGGAAUCAUUCCGAUUUCGAUCAAACCAGCUACAGCCACCUUAAUGAGAAAGGUGAAACAGAUGUCAUCUUAGAAACCAACUAUGAUCCUGUUAAUUUCACACAGAAUGCAGCAAAACAACCUGUGAAUUAUGACGUGUGUAUGGCAGUGGACAUUCCAGAUGCAGAAAAAUCUUUUUAUGAACUUCAAGAACCUUUUGAACAAACAUGACGUGAAUAAGAUGUUUUAAUUUCUUAAAAACUUAAGAUGAAUAUCGAUAUUUCAAUGUGUUUACGAUUCAAGAAAAGG